AUGAUGUAUGUAGAGACCAAAAUGCAGCUGCUACUGUCGUACUUGAGCUAUUUGAUCUACUACUUUAUGCCCGAGGCUAGAGGGGCUAGUGCUAUGCUUGAACGCCUGAAAUCGAUAGAGAAGACAGUUGGGGAUCAGGCCGAUAAGGUUGUCAGUCAAGCGCAGACGGCUGAGCCCGAUCCUGAGAUGAGGGAUUUCGGGGAGGAGACUGAGGACAGUGAAGUGGUGGAAGAGGAGAUGAAACCGGCUGCCAAGGUCUCGAAGGCUGACUUCGUGGAGCCCCUAGGGUCGACGUAUGCUGGAGUGGAGUCGGUGAGCUUACACGCAGUAGCCGAGGUGGGGGACUUGGUCCACACACGAAGCAAUCUGGCGGAUACUCUCAAUUCGGUGGGGGAGGUUGCCUCUGAUCGUAAGAGCCGUGCGGGUAGGGAUGAUGAUGUGAAGGUGCGACAGGGCAUGUCUAUGAAGGAUAUAAGGGCUGGUAGGGUCGAGAGGGCGACAGUGACAGGAGGGACCUUAGACGAUGCGGAAGUGAGGGAGGCUGACUCGACGGCCAAGGCACAAGCGGUCAUACCGGACGAAGAGAGGGCAGUCAAACGUCGUAAGGGGGCAUUCAAAGGUCGUAAGGGGGCAGUCAAACGUCGUAAGGGGGCAUUCAAAGGUCGUAAGGGGGCAGUCAAAGGUCGUAAGGGGGCAGUCAAAGGUCGUAAGGGGGCAGUCAAAGGUCGUAAGGGGGCAGUCAAACGUCGUAAGGGGGCAGUCAAACGUCGUAAGGGGGCAGUCAAACGUCGCAAGGGGGCAGUCAAACGUCGUAAGGGGGCAGUCAAACGUCAUCCGUCCUUGGCAGACAUAGGAAUCCCCAAGCCGCUUCUGCCAGUGGCGAACAAACCUCUGUAUAGUUACGCAGUGCAGGCGCUGACGGCUAGCCCUUUGGUAAGCCGGGUGGUGCUGAUAGGGUGGACAGAGCACGCCGAUGCGUUACGGUCAUCAGUGAGCGAGUAUAAGGAUCUGUUUAAUGGAGUGGAGGUGUCAGUGGAAGGGGUACCGGCCGAGGCUUCUGCUGCAGAGGCGUUGAUGCUCGUGCUUGAACGACAGGCUGAUCUUAAGGGGAAGUCUUUGCUGGUGGGCUAUGGCGACUAUAUGGGCGCAUGGCCGACUAGGAGUACUCAGUCAGCGGCGGAGGUGGAGGUCUCGAUGGCCCGGGUCAAGGAUGUCCCUGAGGACUUCGUGUACACGGCGUAUGGGACUGUGGAGAAGACGAUUGUGGUAUUGAAGUCCGCUGAGGCAGUCGCUUUCGACGGCAGUCUGUCCCUGGGCUUGUCCAAGGUCUUUGCAGAGGGGGACGUGACACUGAUGCGCAACCUUGUUGAUAGCGGCUGUUAUUACAUGGGUGGCAAUGCAUUGGAGAGGCUGAGGGAGUUCAUGGCUGAUGACGAUGAGGUUGACCGGAAUCUGAGAGACGGCUUCGUACCGUGGAUGGUCGACAAGGGCUAUAUGGUCCUGUUGAACGGUCCUUCUGAGUCUCCAUCAGUGGACCCGUGUAAGAGCAGGGUUAAAGGGACUGAGAGCCUCCUACACUUCAACCAGCAGAAGUUGAAGCAUGAUCGUAGCACAGUGAAGGGCGUCCUGUAUGGGUCCUCAUCUACAGUGGAAGAGGGAACUGUUGUGAAAAAUACGGUAUUGGGAAAUUCUGUGAGGAUCGCUGAUAAGUGCCGUGUGACGAAAUCAGUGGUUAUGGAUGGUGUCGAGAUUGAUAGCGGAUCUACAGUCCAGGAAUGCGUGUUGGCUGAGGGAUGCGAGAUUGGAAGUAACGUGAAGUUGAGCAAGUGUAUCGUGGCGAAGGGUGUUAAAGUGUUGAGGUCGGGAGAAUACGAGGAGGAGGACUUUGAUCACGACGAUAUUCGGUUUACCAAUACUCACGGUGUUGCUUCCUGCGGUCAAUGGUGGUGGCGCGACAAGGGGCAUGUAUCGGAGGCCUCGUCUAAUGCAGUGAUUCUAGCUGUGAUGAGGGAGAGGCUGGAGAAAAGUCUGAGGGACAAGGAGAAGAUGCGACAGAGGAUGGAGUUGUUGGAGGAUGAGUUGGCUCUGUGCAAGGUGAAGAAGCGGUCCUAUAGAGCGGAUGGUAAGCGUCUGAAGGCUGAAGUGGAUACGCUGAGGGCGAGGGCGGCGUGCUUGGGUGAGGAGUCUUCUAGUAAUGUGGAAGAGGUGCGGUAUUGGCAGAAGACGGCAAAAGAAGCGAACAAGCACUUAACUGAGUAG